AGAAGCGUAUCUCGUAUUUAUCUCAAGAAUUCAUACAAGAUUGGAAAAAGAAAUGCAGACUUAUCUUUAUCACGUGGAAUUAAGACACGAGUAAUGUCGGUGAUACCAGUUUCCCGAAUACAGAAUGAAAUGUAAUUGUAACGAGUUACGCCCCAAAAGAAAAAGUUUGAGAGCGAACACAAGGCUAGACUACUUUCCGCUCGGAGAGGCGUGGCCGAGCCGGAUGUUCCAGUUUUGAAGACGAAGGCACUUGAAUCUUCGCAAGGGUAUACGAUUCAACAGGGAACAAGGUGUCCGGCGUAAUGGCGUAAUAUUAAAUAUAUCCUUGACACUAUAUCCCACCAUGGCAAGCACAUUCGUAUUUCAACUCAGACACGAUCAAAGUCAUCGCAGCAUCUUCUACCCGUAGCACAAUGGCAGCUAAGUUGUUCGUAAUCGCCUGUGUUUUGGCUGCGGCCAAUGCCGGCUACAUCGGCGUUCCUUCCGCCCUGCAGUACCAGUACGCGCCGAUAGCGCACGUUGAACCCCAUGCCAUCACGUCGACGUCCGACAAUAUUCUACGCAGCCACGGCAAUCUGGCGCAGGUGGCCACGCAAACCAAGACCAUCGACACGCCUUUCUCUAGCUCGAGCAAGACCGACAUCCGCGUGACUAACCCGGCUGUCACCACCUAUGCUCAUCUUGCUCACCCAGCCCCGUUGACGUACGCCGCAGCCGCUAUACCGGCGGCCGUGCCGCCAGCUGCUCUUGGAGUAGCCUACUCGCCAGCUGUUGAGGUGUCUCAUAUGAGCUACAGCAGCCCGAUUGGAAUCGCCUAUGCUUACUAAAUCGAUCACAUCAGGCGCAACUUCAUACGGCAUAUAUUUAUUCGAAAAUCUGUAACUACUUCUGUACGUGGCAAAUUAAUGGUGCUACAAUGUAAGUAGUUACGCAAUAAAAAUCACACUUUGUUCUAUAA